ACUUUUUGUAGUUUUGUUGACACUAAAAUAACCUUAUGAAAUCGUUUUUUGCCUCUGUUAAUUGUAAGACAACUAUACGUAUCCGUUACAAUGUUAUUGGUGAACCAGAUUCACAUUUUAAAGAUAAUAAUGCUGAAGUGACAGUGAUUGUUGUUUGUCAUUCAUUGCUUUUACGACGCUUAAAAAAUAACAACAAAGACGAAAAGACGAGUAGAUGUAGUCUGACAAAGAUAUAAUUCACCAGGAUGUAAGCUGGGUUUAAAUGGUCCGUUCGUAUAUUGUAGAGUAGUGUGGAGUGGUUUAACCAGAGAGAAAUCUUGGAUUUUCUGUCUCCCUACUAAGACAGAACGAGAGUGGAUCCUUCGCAGAAUGAACUCCCAGUGUUGGUCAAAUCUAAUUGGAGUUUCAAGGCCAGCUGUUGAGACAUCAAAAUGGAGGGCUCCCUUCAGGCUGCAAAACCUGUGGUGCUAGAGACGUUAGCAAAUGCGUGCAGUCAAAAUACUGAUGUGUUGAAACCUGCAGAACAGAAACUGCAGCAAUGGGAGACUGUCCCAGGCUUUUAUUCUAUUCUCACAGAUAUAUUUUGUAAUCACACCGUUGAUGCUAAUGUGAGGUGGUUAGCUGCCUUAUACUGCAAAAAUGGAAUUGACAGAUAUUGGAGAAAGUCAGCCCCAAACGCUAUUUCAGAGGCAGAAAAGGACAUGAUUAAGGAGAGAUUAGUCUCAGAUUUCACCGAACCAGUGCCUCAGAUUGCCACUCAGAUAGCUGUCCUCACUGCCAAAAUUUCCCGCUUGGAUUGCCCACGGAACUGGGAUUCUCUGCUGCCUACACUUUUGAGUGCUGUCAGGUGUGAUGAUCAGCUUAUUCAGGGGAGGGCUCUUCUUGUGCUACACCACGUGACAAAGACUUUGGCUUCCAAGAGACUUGCUCCGGACAGAAAGUUGUUUGAAGAUCUGACUCAGGAUGUGUUUGGCUUUAUGCUAGGCCUUUGGAACUCACAACUGUCUGCCUUUUUCCAAAGUGCAUCACAGCAAGAUGAGUCAAUGAGCCCAAUGAUUGACAGAUGUCGCCUUGUCCUCAAAGUGUUGCGGAAACAAGUAUGUUAUGGCUUCAAGGAACUUGCGAAGAGUGAUGAAGCGAUGAAUUUUGUUUCUAACUUAUUUCCACAACUGGAUGCUCUCCUAGACUGUCGCCGCAGUUUGUGGGGAAAUCAUGCUAUGUUGGAGAAAUGUGAACGUCUCAUCUCUUCAGUCACAAAAGUGCUUUUGGAUCUGUUGGAGCUGCAUCCUACCUCAUAUGUGCAUUUUAUCAAAAUGACGCUAACCUUUGUUGUACAGUAUAAUUUUACCGCAAAAGGACUUUUGUUUGAAAGGUUUACGGUUAACUGUUUCAACUUGAUGAAGCAGAUUCUAUUCAGUGAUGUGUACAAACCCAGAAAGAAUAAAGAGGAAGACGCAUGCCCUGUGACCCUGGAGGCAAACAAGAUCAUCACGGAAUUCUUCUCCUUCGACACACUGGCAGAGAUUUGUCGUCGUUUGGUGUCAGACUACUUCUUGUUGACCAUUGACGAUCUGUCAACAUGGGAGGCCGAUCCAGAGGAAUUCUGUCAAGAAGAAGGUGGUGAUUCCUACAAGUAUUCCUUACGGCCCUGCACAGAAACCUUGUUUUUGACCAUUUUCAAGGCAUUCCGUCUUUCAUUAACACCAAUAUUACUGGAGAUGGUUCAGGCCAUGCAGGGACCAUGUGAUCCAGAGAACCUUGCAGCUGUGCUAAGGAAAGAUGCAGCUUACAAUGCUGUUGGUUUGGCAUCUUUUGACCUGUUUGAUGAAAUUGAUUUUGACUCCUGGUUCACCAGUCACUUGUUGCAGGAGCUUCAAGUGAAGCACAAGAGCUAUAGAGUCAUCCGCAAGCGUGUGGUCUGGUUGAUGGGUCAGUGGGUUGGAGUGAAAAUGUCAGUAAGCCUCCGACCCGUGUUGUAUCAGGCAGUGUUGGGCCUUCUCGACCUCAAUGAGGAUCUGGCAGUUCGACUGGAGGCCGCACAGACUCUCAAAACUGCUGUUGAUGAUUUUGAAUUCAAUACAGAGCAACUGCUUCCGUACAUAGAGUCAGUGAUAUCUCUUCUAUUCCAACUCCUCAAAGAAGUGAGGGAAUGUGAUACGAAGAUGAAUGUCCUUCAUGUGCUUUCCUUUGUGAUCGAGCGAGUGGGCUCCAAGAUUCGUCCAUACAUUGCUUCCCUUGUGCAAUAUCUACCCUUACUGUGGCAUGAGUCUGAGGAGCACAACAUGCUGAGAUGUGCCAUCCUUACCAGCCUGAUACAUCUUGUUCAGGGCUAUGGCUCUGAGUCUACGCAGCUCUGGCAGUUCCUUCUUCCGGCUAUCGCUAUCAGUACAGACACGACGCAGCAACCGCAUGUGUACCUCAUGGAAGAUGGCCUGGAGCUGUGGUACGUCACUCUCAUCAAUGCGCCCGUCAUGUCCCCGGAACUGCUCAAGCUCUUCGACAACAUGCCACCUUUGCUAGAACUGGGUACAGAAAAUCUGCGUGUAUGUCUGAAGAUCAUUCAGUGUUACGUGCUCCUUGGCAUGAGGGAUUUUAUGCAGACAUAUUCAGAAGUUUUAGCGUCUUCAUUGCGAAGUUUGAUGACUGACAUCCGCACAGAAGGCAUUGUGCUCAUUCUGAGGUCUGUUGAGGUGGUAUUGAAAGCGUUUCCCCAAGAGGGCCCACCUGUGUUCCAGUCUAUGCUUCCUGGCAUUCUCAACACCAUUCUUGAUGGAGAAGAGAACUGUGUUGCAAUGGCAAUGCAUUUAAGCCUGUUCGCGAGGAUUUUGCUUCAGAAUCAAGAGUUCCUGUGGUCUGCCAUCCAACAUACUGCAAGUGAAAAUGGAAGAGAUACGAAUUCCUUGUUUGGUGCUUUGCUGGAUCAUUGGACAGAUCGUCUCGACAUUAUCACACAGCCUGAGAGGAGGAAGCUCUCUGCUCUGUCUCUGGCCUCACUUCUUACACAGAACUACAGUGUUGUGACAGAAAGGUUUGGUGUUAUCAUCAACUGCCUUGUUGAAGUGCUACAUGACGUGUGCAAGGUGGAUGACGAAGGAACAAUGACAGAUGGCCUUGUCAUAGAGGGUGAAGAAUCACCUGUUGAUGAUGAGCAAGACACUCAGCAUGAUAAGAGAAAGCAGAUGCUGUCAAGACAAGACCCGGUCCACACAAUCUGCCUCCAGUCUUAUGUCAUGUCGCAACUCAACACGUGUCGCCAAAACCAUGGACAGCAAGUCUUUGAUCAGCUGAUGGCCAGUGUGGACUCAGAAGUGGUCAAUCAGCUCCAGUCAUUUUGUCACUGAUGCCUUUUACUCCUGCUUCCUGAAAAUUUGUCGUCUCAGUUUGAGCAUUUGUGUACGUAAAACCAGGCUUUGACACUACAACCAACUUCGAAGAUUUUUCAUUUUAAUGUUAUGCAAUCUAGGGAGAAGAAUAAUAAUUGUCUAGUAUUCUAAGGCAAGUGCUUGUUUACUUUUUAUUUUGCAUACAAGGGUGUGAAAAUUAGAUAUAUAUUAUCUAUAAAAAUCUUGCGUACUGGGGCAAUGUUUUGAAUAUUUAUCGUUCCCCUGCUCUGUUGGGAUAGCUGAAACUUUUUCCUCUCCUUAAGACAGAGGAAGACUUUUUAUGCUCUGUUGGUGACUUUUCAGCAUCCUCUACUCUCAAAGGUGCCAGAGAUGAUACUUCAAAGAUUUUUUGUAAAUAUUUUCUGCAAAUGAUUUUUUUUUUGCUGCCCUGACUUGAUUUUUCUUUUUUCUUUACUCUCUGCAGUUGACCAUUUGUUUGGUUAUAAUAUAAAAUGAUACAUUCAUAAAGUUCAGGAUUUCAACAAUGUACAGUCCAGCCCUUUUAUUUCGAGUUUCUUUCUUAUGUAAUAGCACACAAAGUUUUCAUAAUUAUAAUUAUUUCCACAAAAUGACCAAAGAGGGUACAGUAUCACGUCUUGUAAGCUUAUCAUCAAUUGGGGAAGGAAAAGGGAGAUUGCUUUCUUUGAAUUCUCCCUCUCAUUUUGAUUUAUCAGACAGAAAAUACCUCUUUUUGCAUCUAAGUAGAGGUGUCCGUUUGUUACAAACAUAUGCUGCAUGACUAUAUGGCUAUCUCUUUUGUUGUGCUGAAGGAAGACAAGAAAUACUCACUGUUUGGAUGAACAUUUUUCCUGAGAAUAUAAACCAAUAGAUUUGCCUCAUUCCCAAUGAGUUCAUCUGGUAGAGCAUUCGAUUUCGCAGAGUCUGAGGUUUCGGUAAAAACAAGGUCCAGCAAUAUAUGAGACAGAUAGUUUUGUAUGGACGUCAGCACUAAAUGUAGCAAUUCCAAUCGCCCAAUGCGCUUUCGGCCGGGAAUCUGGCUCUGCGCAAGAGGUAAUUUUUUGGCCGUUCGGGAUCACAGGUAGCUCUCUUCUAAGUAAAGUUACAGAACAACUGGGGGACAAAAAUGAAUGAAACUUGGAACCAACCUGAUGAAAGGCCAAACCUACUAAUACUACAUACGAGCAUCGAAUGCUGGCAGAUUUGUAGAACUGGAGAAAUUACAGUGUUUGUGUGGUUUUCUUCUGUUUUUCAAAAGGAGCUGCUACAUGGACACUGACCAGGCAGGCAUCCCACAUGUCGCCUUGCCUGUAUGUUUUGAAUACAAAGAAUAAGAAAAAAACUCUUACCCUAAAAUCUUUGCUAUGUGCAUGUUAGACCGUAGUAUUAUUAAGUAGGCUUGGGCAUGGCAGCAUGCAGGGUACACAGGCCUCGCUAAGCAGAGUCUACCAAGCCCACCAAACAAACAAAAAAAACCCCCAUAAGUCGUCUGUCUCUCAAAAAUUUAGUAGCUGAAGAAGAGCACCGUAUUUUUUCUUAGCUCUCUGAACCCUAAAUCAUGAAAUUUCCCAAAUCUCUAUCCCUGGACAUUUUCGCAAAUUUCAUCAAAGUUCACUGUGACGGAGGGGAAGAACAUGGAGAAAUACACAUCUGUUCACUUCCUUGUUUACCUUAUUUGGAAGGUGGAAAUAUUGUAAGACGAUGAACAAGAAAUAAAGAGAGUACUUUUGACGGACUAAACAACUGAAAAUAGUCCGUGCCCAGGUGAACCGGCCUUACGGUAUACAGCAAAAUAUUGCCCUGGCUGGUUUACCGGCCUGACAGGUUCAAAAUCGGUGACAUUUUAGUUUUGCUGUGUCCACCAAAAUGAUCUGACUCCUCCCAGCUAAAGUCCGGUUAGUUGGAAUGCCACAUUGUAGGCGACCUUUUAGGCGGACCGUGUGCCGACUCAUCAGCCACAGGCCCAGCCAGAGCUAAAAAGAUUGUCAAGUCUACAAUAUAAUAUAAUUUUAAGUUCUGAUGAAAAAUCUAAUGUCAUCAGGACCUAAAAAUCAGUAAAUUUACAAAGUAACCACCUUUUCAAAUGCAAUAUUAACAAUUUUAUUUAUUCUUUUUUGUGUGGAGGGGAGGGGGACUGUUCAUUUAUUGUUAUUCCCGCCUUGCUUUUCUUUACUUUUCACUUGCUCAUGCAUACCGGAAACAAACACUAAAUUUUGCCUCCUCCAUGCAAAAAUAAGGUCAUUUCUGCUUUGAUGUACAUGUGGCCUUACAAGUUAUUUUUUAAAAACUUCCAAAUGAGCACCCAACGCAAACAUAUUUUUCAGGUCUGUAGCUCAAAAGCUGUUCUGUGUAAUGUCUUCUUUUUUAAAUUGGUAGAGCUUUUUAUGUGAUUCCAACUCAGCUGUUGCAUGAGCUGAGGAGGUCUAUUUUGAUCACUCCGAACUCCGAAACGAAUGUUGACGAUGAUGCUGAAGUACAACUUGAAAGUAGCAAGUUUUUAUGUAUACAAUAAAUAGUCAGUAUCUUUCUGAAGAUAUGAGCAGUAGCAUGCACCUUAUUGUUUGUUUCUUGAUUUCAGUUUACUGUUUGGAGUGCACAUUUUAUUUAAUUUGUGCCUGUGCUUGUAAAUGAAUGGAUACUGAAGUGAGGUACAAAAAAAUGGUACCAAAUACAUUACAGUGUAAUGAAGUGAAUGGAAGGUCGUUGUUAAUUAUGAUGUGAUGUAUUUUUAUGCUUUGAGACUGUUCUUCUCUUACAUUUUUUAGAAAACUCAAUUGUUACCUUCUGCAAUUGCGUCAUAAAAAUGGAAUGAGCUCCUUUCUUUUUUUCAGAAGUAAAUCUUGUGUUAAGAGUAAGAAAAAUAUCCUUGUAAGUAUUUAAAAAUGGUGAACUGUGAUGCUUUGGAUAUUUGAUUGCCAAACUUUCUACGUAUUUUUGGCAAAUGUGGCCCAGCACUUUCUGCUUCGACUUCUUGUUUUAGUGUAUCCUGCCAUGUAAUUUGACACUGUUGACUGUCUUUGUAAAUAAAAGCAUAAAUGAAAAAGAAAA